AUGUUGGCUCCGCAAAAUGUCAAUUGUAAAUAUGCACACAUGCCGUGGUCACAUCACAUUUUUUUUUCUAUGAAGUUGCUUUAUCAGGUUCAAUCAAACUUUCACAUAGUAGCCAAGGUGACAUUAACUGGAAUGCAAAAGACUACGGAAUCCAAAGCUUUAAGCCCUCCUGUCCCAGGCUCGCCACUGUUUAACCCGGGAGAUGAUGAUGAUGAAGUUCGUGAGACUGUCUCCAUACCCGGAGAACAAAUUUCUGGUCUUAAUUUUGCAAACUUCAAUCAAGAUUAUACCUGCAUAUCUGUAGGAUAUGAAAAUGGGGUUAGAAUAUAUAAUUGCGAUCCCUUUACACAAUGCUAUGAACGGGUUGAUGGGUCUAUAGGGAUAGUUGAAAUGUUAUUUUGCUCUUCGUUACUCGCAAUUGUUGGCACGGGUGAACAGAAUGCAUUGUCACCGAGGCGAUUGAAAAUAAUGAACACUAAACGACAGACGAUAAUAUGUGAGUUAACGUUUCCAACAUCAAUUCUGGCAAUCAGGAUGAAUAGAGAACGAUUAGUAGUAUUGCUCGAGGAGGUCAUCUACAUUUAUGAUAUAACUAAUAUGAGGCUUUUGCACACAGUUGAAAUACCAUCGAAUCCGUUGGGGUUGAUAGCUUUAAGCAUAGAUACAGAGAAUAAUUACUUGGCUUAUCCAUCACCACAAAAGAUUUCCAAAGCUCAUGUGGAUAUGCAGCCAUCCUUUGAUAUUACAGGCGUAAACGGCACUUUAACAGGAAAGACAAUGACCAAGAAUAAUACGUCAGAAGAACUCACAGGAAACGGGACAGAACAGGUUCACAAUGUUAGGAAUGGUGAUGUCAUCAUCUUUGACUGUAAGACGCUACAGCCUAUAUCUGUAAUCGAUGCACACAAAACACAACUUUCUGCUUUAGCUUUCAGCCAUGAUGGCUCCUUGCUAGCUACAGCGAGUGAUAAAGGCACGAUAGUCAGGGUGUUUUCUGUACAAACUGGGUUAAAAUUGUAUCAGUUUAGAAGGGGCAGUUAUAAUACAAGAAUAUACUCGCUUGCCUUUAGUGCAAGUAAUAUAUUUCUUGCUGCUAGUAGUGCCACGGGAACUGUCCAUAUUUUUAGGCUGGGGGAAGAAGAGGCAAAAAAUACUAUUUUAAAGAAUAAAGGUGCUUCGGGAUGGCUGAAUUCCAAGAAGACAGCCACCGACAAAAGUAUAGAAGCUACAAGGCAAGAGGAAUUAGAUAAGUUGUUGAAAAGUCAACAAAGUAAAAUGGACUUAGCGGAGGGUAGUGGGGACUAUGGUUUAUCGAACGAAAACACAAAGGGAGAGUAUAACUUAAAUGAGAAUUUCAACCAACUUAUAAUCCAUUCAGAUUCUGAAGAUGAAGUUGACUUGAACCAGGACGAUGAAGAGGACGAGGACGAGGACGAGGGUGAUGAAGAGGAAGACGCCGAUGAACAAUAUGAAAGUGUUGACUACUUAUAUCCUUUAAACUCUGAUGGCCAGAGCAAAGGCCAUGUCGGAGGUGCAGCUUCAAUCAUAUCUUCAUCUUCUAAUGGAACAACUAAAACACAACCUAUUGUUGAUAGCAAGCGACGUUCCGUGGCAAGGAUGUUAAGAAGAACAUCGCAGAGUCUUGGUCGUAAAGCCGCAGAAAAGAUGGGUACAUAUCUACCGCCAAAGUUUUCCUCUAUUCUUGAACCUAACCGACAUUUUGCGUCUUUCAAAGUCCCUACUACUAAUGAGAAUAUGUCAAUUGUUGGCAUUAUUGAAUCUUCGAUUGACGCCAACGAUUUGAGCGAAGAUACUAUUUCUCAUUAUUCUAAAGUAACACAUAGAGACGAUGUCUCAAGCUCGCAUUCCAUGAAGAGUAAUUUGUCAAGAGUAAGCUCAACUUUGCGACAUUACCCACAGAGGACAGGAUUAGCCGUUUAUAUUCUGGUGGUUUCUUCUGAAGGAAUGUUUUACCAGUACCGUCUGGAUCCGGAACGAGGUGGAGACUGUGUUAUGGUUUCACAACGGUCACUCCUUGACUAG